AUGACGAUUCAUUUACGACGGUAUUCCAUUCAUAUAAUUGAAAUCAUUCAACGAUAUCAUAAUAUCCAUUUUGAUCCCGAUUACACUUAUCCAAGUAGUCCAUCAAAACUUUGUCAUCGUAAAUCACAUAAACAUAAACAUAAUACAGCCGGUAGAUUCGGUUCGAUUCAAACCGAUUGUGAUUCACCUUACAUAUUAACCAAUUCAACAUUCGAAUUUUUGAAAAAGAAUUUUUCCCAAGUUGAUUUUAUCAUAUAUACCGGUGAUUCAUGUAGACAUGAUCGUGAUCUCAAGGAUCCUGUAGUUGAAGAAGAUAUUUUAUAUUGUCAUCAAAAUUUAAUUGAAUGGUUUACAAAAUAUUUUGAUCCAAAGAAAGUUAAAAUCAUUCCAACUUUAGGAAAUAAUGAUUUAUGGGUUCCUGACUGCAAAAAAAAGAAUUCACCUGGUUCAAAACAAUUAAAAUGGAUUAAAAGAGAAUUAAUUAAUGCAAGAGAAGAAAAUAGGAAGAUUUAUAUUUCACAUCAUGUUCCUCCUUUGGAUGAUAAAGGAAAUCCUGCUUAUUAUAAGAAAUGUUAUGAAAAAUACAUUCUAUUGCUUGGUGAUUAUUCUGAUGUUAUAUAUGGACAUUUCACAGGACAUACUAAUCUAGAUACUUUGACAUUUGUAACUUUUGAUGAAAUCAACAAUCCUGCAAUUCGUGAAUACGUUUAUUCUACUAAAGAUGAUAAUUUUGGAACAUUACUUAAUUACUAUCAAUAUUUUACCAAUCUCACUGAAGCAAAUAAUAUUGGAAAAAUUCGAUGGGAAUUAGAAUAUACGGCUAAAGAACUUUAUGGUAUUAAUCAUUUACAAGGAAAUGAUUGGGAAAAAGUUUUACAAGAAUUUAGAAAACCUAAUUUAGAAUUAUGGGAAAGAUAUAAAAAAUAUGUUAACGUUAUUAACGAAUAUUUGACUGCUGCGAGAAAUGCAGUUUCUUUUCCUAUUGAAGAAUUAACCAAUUUUUUAUAUGAUGGUACCAAAAAUACAGCUCGGCAUCGAUGGCUUCGUUCCCUUAUUGAACCUGAAAAAGAACCUAUAUUAGAUACUAGUGACACGGCUUUCCUUAAUAGAGAAGAACGUUAUUUGAGAAAUUUGCAAAUGAUAAAGAGAUUAUUGCAAAUUAAAAAACAACAUAAUUUAUCAUUUGAGGAUUGGUCGAUAUUACUUUUAUUACAGGGACAAAUGUCUAAAGAACAACUUGAUAAAUGGCUUCCUUUGGCAGAAAAUUAUGAGAUAAUAGAAUUGGGUCACGGAUCUAAUAUUAAAAAAUUAGAAACUACUUCCACAUAUAUUCGCGAAUCUGACGAAUUUGAAUUGCAUUCUCCAACUUUAACAUCAAUGAAAUGGUGA